GCAUUCGUUCGUUUGCAACGUCGCCAUUCCGGAAGUUACGUUUCGUGCAACACGAGUCCACGUAGAUGCUUUGGAAACAGUAAAGUGGAAUUUUAGUCGUCAAACAACAUACAAAGUCGUGUGAGUAAUCUGACAAUCUUCUUGAAGAACACAACCAACUUUAUAUUCAGCUAAAAUAAAAUGGAUCAAAUCAAGAAAUUUACCGAACCUGGAAGGCAAUUUGCCAAAGACAGUAUUCGUCUUGUUAAAAGAUGCACUAAACCCGACAGAAAAGAGUUCCAGAAAAUUGCUAUCGCCACAGCAAUUGGAUUUUGUAUAAUGGGCUUCAUAGGAUUUUUCGUUAAAUUAAUUCAUAUUCCAAUCAAUAACAUCAUUGUAGGAUCUUAAAAUCACUGGAGAUUUAUUUAAUGUUAAGACUUAUUAAGAAUAAUUUUCCAUCUCAUCUUUCCCCUAUUCCUUCCCUUCCAUUGACGCUACGAGCGUUUCUUUCCUUACUCAUAUUUAUGCAAAAGAAAAAAAAAGUAUAUAUAUAUCUUUAAAUAACUAGAUAAUAUUAUGUUCGAAAUUGAUUGCGAUAAAUGUAAGAAUUAAAACGAGUUUAUAUUGAAAUGGUGCGUAAUUUAAUAAAAUAGGAAUUGUUUAAAAAAAAUAACACAAUUUUUCUCAUUAUAUAUUCCUUCAUUUAAUUUAUUAUUGUAUUUUUUUUUCUUUUUUCAAAAUAGUUACAAUUUAAAAUUUUUCAAAUCCAUUUAUUAUAAAUACAAUAGUGAAAUAAUAUUAGAGGCACAUUUAUUUAAGAAAUUAAUUGUUUUACAAAAAAUGGAAUUUUUCAUUCUAAAAUUGAAGAACAUUUUUAUGCUUCUUUUUAAAGUUCAUUGGUACAGAGUGUAAAAAAAAAUAAUUAAAUAUGCUCCGUAAAAUUUCUUUGCGUAUUAAAAGAGAGAAACAUAACAGUCAAAAAUGAAAUGAAAUAUUAAAAAAAAAAAAAAAAAAAAAAAAAAAAA